CAUCUUCACUAGAAACAGUCAUGAAUCAAAGGAAACCAUGGAACUUGUUCAAAGGAACUCCCCCUCCUCAUGUGCAAAAACAACCAAGCAAACAGCAUACAAAGAGAAAAAGAAUAUAAAACACAAAAUUGAAAGUGCCCAGGCAUAUUUAUUUCAGCUGAGUUUUGUGUUCAGAUUAUCACUGACAUGUCAUGAAAUUUGACGUUUUGCAGCAGCAGUACAAUAGUCAAAAAUAAUAUAAUUUACAUUAAGAAAUAUAAAAAAAAUAUGCAGAGCGGAAAGAAAGAAAAAUAGUGUUGUAGUGUCAUUGGUUCAUGAACCAUUCAAAAAUGUUAUGGGGAAGGGGAAGAAGCUGUUUCUAAAACGUUGAGUGUGUCUUCAGGCUCCUGUACCUCCUCUCUGAUGGGAGUAUUGAGAGCAGGCCACACCCUGGAUGAGUAAUAUCCUUAAUGAUGAUGUCACCUUCUUGAGGCAUUUUGAAUAUGUCUAUGAUGGUGAUGAGGCUAGUGCCUGUGAUGGAGCUGGCUAAGCUUACAGUCCUCUCAAACUUUUUCCAAUCCUGUUCAUUGCUGCCUCCAUACCAAAUGGUUAUGCAACCAGUCAUAAUGCUUUCCACAGUACAUCUGUAGAAAGUUGUUGGAGUCUAGUGACAGACCAAAUCUCCAUGGACUACUAAUGAAGUAUAGCUGUAGUUGUGCUUUCUUCAUAUUUGAAUCAAUGAUGUUGACACCAAAACUUGAAGCUGUUCACCCUUUCCACCUUUGACCUCCUGAUGAGGGCUGCUUUGUAUCUCCUGAUCUGGAUACCUACUGCAAACACUUCGAGGCACUAUAAAGCUAUCACCAACACUGUUCACAUGGAAUCUCCCAUAUUCACCUGAAGGAGUCAUCCAAUGUAUUUUCCAAAGCCAGCAUCAAGAAUUGAUUACUUGGCAUCCAGAAGAUUUUCGAUAUUCACAGAAUAUAACACAAGGCCUCCUUGAAAAACUGCCAAUUCCCUAGGAAUCUUAGAAAUUCUGCCUCAAAGUGGACAAGAAUUGGGAAUUGUAUUGAGAACCUCAAAGUGCACACACGUCAGGAGCACAGAGAAAAUAUGUAAACAAAGGACACCCCCUCCCUACAAGCCCUCCAACUUUUAGGCGCCGCCAGCUCAAUCUGUGAAAGGGUAUCCGUAAGGCACAAGUUACCUCAGAAAUGCAAGUCAUCCUUGAUCCCCGAGGGAUUCCCCAAAAUAAGGGGAAUAUCUGAUAUCAUUUUCCUUCGUGUAAACCGAUUUUAAAUUCACCAGCUGUCGUGAGGAAAUUUGAACUCGUUCGGUCCUCUGAAUUACUUUCCCACUAUGUUACCUAUCUAUAACAAUAUAUCUAACCACAAUAUUGUUAUGUCCGGUCAGUCAUUCCUAAUAUGGUUUCACGGAAUUCACCGGCGGAACUACGGUAAAGCAGAUUUACACACUGAAUCACUAGCGAGAGAAAUGGCAUGUUAUGGUGUUUGGUCGUAACCUUUGCUGUCUCUGAAACAAGCAAGUACAGGGAUCCGCCCUGGGUCGGCAAAAUGACGUUAGCGGUGAAGGCGCUUCCCGUUAAUCGCGGGGAGGCCAGGCAACCGAGAACGUACUGACAACACACUUAGCAGAUUAAGACCUUGUUCAAUUCUCAGUAAAAAUAGGUGGGAACAGGCACCAUGUCCAAGGGCUUUGAGUUCUUUGGAAUAAUUUGCUGGAUUGCAGUGUUGCCCUUUGCACUGGAUGAGAGAGAGAGAACAACGCCGUGCACUUUACCUUCUUUGUGGAAACAAAGGCUAUAAUCCCAAUGGCGAGAAAAAGUAUACAGAGAGAAGAAAACACAAGGGCAAAGUGUGUGUUUAAAUUUUUUUUAAAAUCCCGUAACAGGAAAUGCUAUUAAAUAAUAAUUCUUCCUAUUUCCGAGUAAGAGGGCGGUGUUGACUUUCCAGCCGGAAGUUAGCAAAAAGCGAGCGCUUCACCGCCCUCGGUUUGGAGGUAGAGUCUUCCGUAUUCAUGAAUGUGGAGAGCAGGUUGCUCUUUCUAGCUGCUUCAUCGCGGAGGCUCUCCUCCCUCUUUCUCUCUUAGAUAUAGUGUCUGUAGAAUUUCCUCUCCCUCAAUCCAUAGCUGCUGUAGUUUUUUCUCUAACUGCGGCGGCCGGAAUCUGUUUCUACAUUUAGUUUACAGCAUAAUAUGAGAAUUUUACGCAUCCCGAACCGUUCAGUAUUUGCGUUGCUGUUUCUCUUCUCCUUGUCAUCAUCAUUCCUCUACUUCAUAUAUGUAGCGCCUGGGUUAGUAAAUACUUAUCUAUUUAUGGUGCAAGCCCAAGGCAUCAUGAUUAGAGAGAGCGUGAAAACAAUGGGAUCCCAAAUGUAUGAGCAAGUGGUUCGUGGUACAUAUGCCAAGAUGAACAACAGUUUUAAUGGUACAGACUAUCCAGAUAAUUUAAAUCAUAGUGAAACAUAUUUGCAAACCACAGCAUUUCUUCCCGAAGGCUUUACCUAUCAUGCAAAUCUUGCAUGUCCUGAAAGACUUCCUUCUAUGAAGGGCCCAAUCAAUGUAAACAUGACUGAAAUUUCAUUGGAGGAAAUCCAGGGAUUCUUCAGUAAGGAUCCUUACAUGCAGAUUGGUGGUCAUUGGAAGCCAAGGGAUUGCAUACCUCGUUGGAAGGUGGCAAUUUUAAUCCCUUUCCGCAAUCGUCACGAGCAUCUCCCUAUCCUUCUAAGACAUCUGAUUCCAUUGUUGCAGCAUCAGCGUUUGGAGUUUGCCUUUUAUGUCAUUGAGCAGGCAGGGUAUCACCCAUUUAACCGUGCAAUGCUCUUCAAUGUUGGAUUUUUGGAGGCUUUGAAAGAUAUGAACUGGGAUUGCAUAAUCUUCCAUGAUGUGGAUCACAUACCCGAAAAUGACCGCAACUACUAUGGCUGUGGGGAGAUGCCAAGACACUUUGCAGCCAAAUUAGAUAAAUACAUGUACCUACUUCCUUACAAUGAAUUUUUUGGAGGAGUGAGUGGAUUAACAGUGGAACAAUUUAAGAAAAUCAAUGGGUUCCCAAAUGCAUUUUGGGGCUGGGGAGGUGAAGAUGAUGAUCUCUGGAACAGAGUUCAGUUUGCAGGCCUUACAGUAACAAGACCAGAGGGUGAUAUGGGAAAAUACAAGUCUGUUCCUCAUCAUCAUCGAGGCGAAGUGCAAUUCUUGGGAAGAUACGCCCUAUUGAGACGUUCGAAAGAAAGGCAACAGCUUGAUGGUCUGAAAAAUUUGAAGUACUUUCCAAACAUCACAGUUGAAUUCUUGUAUAAAAACAUAACUGUAAACUUGACACCGGAGCUGGCUCCAGUGAGCGAUUAUUAAGUGAUAACAGUCAUAACAGAUUAGUGAGGGUUAGGGUCCUUUUUCAAGAAAAAAAUAAUGGUUAUAAAAUUUUUGCUGGCUAAAAAAAUCUGCAGUAACGCAAAACAGGACUGUAUAAUCUGAAGAAGACAUCAACAAACUUGGUUAUGCAGAGAUUUCUGUUCAAUACCAGUGUAGAAAGAGUUGAUGGAUAUGGAACAUCAGGUUUGUAAUUCACUAUAUCAUGAACUCCAUCAGUGUAACCUCUUAUUCCCAUUUUUUCAAUUGGAUAGUAGAGCACCAACGUCCAAGUUAGAAACAUAAACUGAUGAAUCCAAAUAAGUUUCAUGGUAAUGAGUAAAACUGAAUUUUAAGGCUGCAGAACUAGAUGGAGAUAAUUGCAUUGCAGUGAGCAGUUGUUUUCCAAUCAUGAUAAAAUUAGCUGAAAAUCAUACCUUUACCAAUUUUUUUAUUCACUAGCAUUUGUUGAUUUACUUCUAGUGAAUGAUAUUUUUUGUAAAUAAGCUGUGAAUUGCCAGAUAUUUUUUUAUUUAUAUUCGACUAAACCACAAAGUUUACAUGUUGAGAUCAAUGCGUGUCAGAUGCUAUUGUAAAUCAGGCACAGAAUACUCUGGACAUCACCUCUGUAGUUUUAAAUGUGAGGGAGUUUGGUUAGUAUGUGCUCAUGUACAUUUGAUUUAGUGACGUUUCAAUUGUCUUUACUGCUACACAUUCAUGCUGCUGAAGUCCAUGGAUUGUUCUGUGAAAGUUUGUUAUUUCAACUCUUGGCUCUAAUGUUCAAAUCUGGUUGCUUCAAUUUAUUUAGUGUAACUUUUUUAAAAAUUUGAGUCAGCUAUAUUUUGUUUCAAAAGAACAGUGUGUGCCAAUGAUACCAAGGCAUUUUGUUAUCAAUUGGUAAAAUGCAAGACUGGAAGUGUGAAAUACUGUGGCAACAUCAACUCUAUAGUACUGAGCUUCUCCUCUUCCAAAAUGCGUUGUUUUGAGGGUCCAAUUAUGUCCUUUGAUCCAAGGCAGCUGAUCUUUUGUGUAUCUGCCUGAAUAAAACAUGUAUUUCCUUUGUCAUUUCUACCAACCUACCCUUUCCUACCCACUACCUUAACUGCCACAUUUGUGAAGGUCAGCUUUAUCAAGUUGGUGCUAAUGCCCAUUUAAGUUAAUAGCUUUAUGUAAUAUUUCUAGUAUUAGACAUUGUAGUACACUACAUUAGGAUAUGGUAGGAUAUGGAGUUAUACUUAAGAUUCUUAAGAGUUUGUGCCAAGGAUAAAUGAGGUAUUUCUCCUUGUUGGUAGAAAAUGAUGAGCCUGUGGCAUUUCGAUUUUUCUGCAGGGGUCUGUUAUGAACACCAAGAGAAAGGAUGAGCAACAUAGAAUGUCUUUUUUAAAGAUAUAAUAUGGACAUGUAUGUAUCUGUAUAUUUUUGUAUUCGUCUUUGGUUUGCAUUUUUUAAUUAUUCAUGAACUCAUCCACCAAUGAUUGGUAGUGACAUCAUGCAGACCCCAUCCUCUGCAGUAAGGAACAAUCCAUGGGAAUCAAGUUCCGGGUCAUGAUCAGUCAGUAUGAGAGGACAUCUAAGGAUGGAAUUUAUCCAGUCCAUUGUUUUGUUUUAACCUAAAGGUUGGUUUGAGUACAUAACAAAAUUCUUUUGGACUCAGCUAAUUUUUUUGUUAAAAUUUUCAAGACGGAAUUUCAUUCAAUUAGACUUCUGUCCUUGAAAGGCUGUUAGCCUUAUUCACUUGCAUUUAAAGCUGGUGUUUCACAAGAGUAUUAUAUAUAUGCACAUAUAUAUACAUAUAUAUAUAUAUAUAUUUAAAGUUAGAGUAUGAUGCAGGUAGAGCGUGUGGCAAUAAAGAAAAUACUGAUUGCUAUUGGUAGUGGUUCAAAAUGAUAAUGUAUUGCUGUUUCUGAAACCAGUAUAUUGCUUUGAAACAGAAAAUAAGCUUAGUUGUGUUUCAUUUUGAUUAUAGCUACAUGUAACUAUAUUUUGAACUUGCCCCUCUUUCUAUACCUCUACACAUUCUUGCAUCCUUAUUCCUAUCACUCUUUCUUCUCCCCUUUGCCCCUUAUUCCCUAUUGUCACUCUACCCCCCCCCCCCC